AUCCAGUUUUAAAAAAAGGGCUUUCAUUUUUUGAUUAUUAUAUCUCGGUAUACAUAUUUUCAAUUACACUGGAGUUUACCAAAUGGAUCACAACAUCCCGGGACCCUUCCUGUUCAACAGCACCCUGAACCAGCUGAGCACAGACAGCAAGGCCCCUGUGUGCCAGUAUUCUGUGCAGAACUCCUUUUACAAACUGCACCCUUCCUCCGCUCUCCACUGCCAGCUCCAGCCGGGCACCCCGCAUGGCAUCAGCGAUAUCCUGAGCAGGCCGGUGAUGGGGGGCCCCGCCGGGACCCUCCUCUCCGGCUACUCCCACAUGGGGGGCUUCGGAACCACCCCCGCCCCGGGGGUCUACUACAGCCGGGACUACGCGCCUUCCAUGGGGGGCUACUCCAAACCUGGAGGCGAGUUCCCAGCCAAGGGGAGGACUGGGGGCUGCUGGAGCGAGGCUGGUUACGACUGGAGGGCAGGCAGGGAACAGUGUGGUGACAGCAGCGGGCAGCUGACCGCCAUGCCUGGCAGGAAGAAGCACACGCGCCCCACAUUCAGCGGGCACCAGAUCUUUGCGCUGGAGAAGACCUUUGAGCAGACCAAGUACCUGGCAGGGCCGGAGCGAGCCCGGCUGGCAUACUCACUGGGCAUGAGCGAGUCACAGGUCAAGGUGUGGUUCCAGAACCGGCGCACCAAGUGGCGCAAGAAGAACGGCUCCGAACUGCCCCCAACGCAGCGGGCCGGUCCAGACCAGGCGGUGUCGGAGAACGAGGUGGAGGACGACGAGUACAACAAGCCCCUGGACCCCGACGAGGAUGACGAGAAGAUCGGUCUGCUCCUGCGCAAACACCGGGGGGCCUUCUCCGUCCUGCGGCUGGGCCCCCACCACCUCUGAACCCCCUCGAGGACCACGGGGACCCCUGCUGCAACCCCCAGGAUCUGAACUCCCGAGCCUGGUCGACGCGACUCCCCCAUCAGCCUGCGCAAGAGUAAUUUCACUCAGCUUGCAACCCCUGCUGUCUGUUAGAUAUCCCACUGCUACCACCACAUGUAAGGGGUUGAUUACUGCACCCUUGCACAGGGGGAUAGCGAUUUGAACUCACAACCUCCGGGCUCCAAAGAAUCCACCAGAUGAGCCAAAGGAGCAGCUCCCUCAGCCAAUCUGGUCGGAGUUCUUUACAUCAGCCAGAGGGUUUGAGUCCCCUCCCCCUUCCUGCAGCACCACACACUGCACACAAUCUACAGCGGCUCCUAGCUUCACUGUAGGCUGAGAUCAAAUGUGACUUACUUUAAACAGGAGCUGCUGCUCAUAUAGAAAACCUUGAAGACUACAACCAGCUUCUUCCAAAGUACUGUACAUCGAGUCUUUUGAUUAAUUGUGAAUAUUGCAUUCACUCAGUUAGUGUGUGUGUGUGUGUGUAUAUAUAGCAUUUAAAACCACAAAACUGCGAAUGUCAAAGUGAAAACACACAUCCUGGAUAAUACGCAUCCAUUCCCAAUCUUCAGCCCCCGAUGCUGAUGGAUCACAUUACGUUGAUACUGAAUAUCCGCCAGGAUGAUCCCGGCGCUAUCACGGCUUCGGAAUGAUGAGAAUAUUCAAACAGCUAAAGCAAUAAAACCGGCCGACUGAGAGCUCUCUGAUUUUAACAAUGUAACAAACUGUAGAUUGUGGGCGUAAUGAACUCUUUAACUAAGCUGCUCUAAUUAAAUUAAACAGGCAUCUUCAAGCACGUUUGUAAAUGAACCGCGCUGCUGUCAUUCAAAUCACACUGAGUGAACUCCUUAAGAAUCAACUGCACUUUGAAUUUCAAUCAUGGGAGAGCUGGGCGCCAUCAAAAAAAGUCUGCAAAAUCAAAAGAAAGCUGGAAAAUCGAUGGCCGCUAAACCC